AUGACCUUCAUCCCCACGGGUACCGUCACCCCCUAUGCAAGUGGUAAGCCUGCCCUCUCCCUGCAGCCAUUCAGAAAUCUGAGCCUGUGGCACCAGAAAGGGGAGAGGCAGCUGAGAAGCCUGCCCUGGGCCCUCUCACCCAGGGCCCUUCUCUGUGUCGAUGAAUCCCAGAAGGAUCUAUUGAAGCUCACAGUCCAGGAAGGGCCUAGACGGAAAAGCUCCGACCUGUGCUGCCACAUGAGGGCGUUGGCUAAUGCUCUACUGACGGACGCGACUAGAAUUUCUCUGGGGAUGCCCUUGGGUGGGGGAGGCACGCACUGCCUCAGACUUCAGGCCUGGUGGUCUUGGGAGGGCGGGGGGGGGGCAGCUCUCCACCAGGGCACUGAUCCGCCCCUCUCCCCUUUGCCCCCAGCCUCGAACCCUUCACACAAUGGCCAAGUGUGCAGCACGUGGGGCAGCUUCCAUUAUAAGACCUUCGAUGGGGACAUCUUCCAGCUCCCUGGCCUGUGUAACUAUGUCUUUGCCUCGCAUUGCCAAGCUGCUUAUGAGGAUUUUAAUAUUCAGAUCCGGCGCUCCCUGGUUGGGGAGACCCCCACCAUCAGCCGCAUCCUCAUCAAGACAGAAGGGACGGUCUUGGAGCUCUCUCCCGGAUCCGUCCUGAUCAAUGGGCAGCGGGAGCAGCUGCCCUACAGCCGCUCUGGGUUCACUGUGGAGGCGAGUAGCACCUACAUCCAAGUCAGCGUGAGGAUGGUUCUGACCUUCAUGUGGAAUGGCAAUGAUAGUGCCCUGCUGGAACUGGCUACAAAAUACGCCAACCAGACCUGCGGGCUCUGUGGGGACUUCAACGGCCAUUCCACAUACAAUGAAUUCUACUCCAACAAUGCCCGGCUGACCACCUGGCAGUUUGGGAACCUGCAGAAACUAGACGGACCCACAGAGCAGUGUCAGGACCCCGUGUCUUCCCCAGCGAACAACUGUACCGCUGAGGAAAGCAGCUGCCUCAGGGUCCUGACUGACCUGGCUUUCAGCGGCUGCAACCAGCUGGUGGACCCCAAACCCUACGUGGAGGCCUGUGUACAAGACCUAUGUGGAUGCAAAGAAGCUAACCGCUCCUCUUGUGUGUGUGCCACCUUCUCUGAGUACUCGAGGCAGUGUGCCCAUGCAGGCGGGCAGCCCCUUAACUGGAGGAGCCAGGACCUGUGCUACAAGGCAUGCCCCUCCAACAUGCAGUACCACGAGUGUGGCUCUCCCUGUGCAGACACUUGCUCCAACCCUGAGCGGUCCCAGCUCUGCGAGGAACACUGCAUAGACGGCUGCUUCUGCCCCCCAGGGACCGUCCUGGAUGACAUUCAGGGCCAGGGCUGUGUGACCCAGGACCAAUGUCACUGCACCCACAAUGGCCAGACCUACAAGCCUGGAGCCUCCUUCUCUACACGCUGCAGCUCCUGCACUUGCCUUUCUGGCCUCUGGCAAUGUGAGGAACUGCCGUGCUCAGGCACAUGCUCCGUGGAGGGCGGGUCCCACAUCACCACCUUCGACCAGAAGCAUUACAACGUUCAUGGGGACUGCAGCUAUGUCUUGUCCAAGAAGUGUGAGGACGCCACCUUCACCAUCCUGGGGGAGUUGCGCAGGUGUGGUAUGACCGACAAUGAAAACUGCCUCAAGUCAGUGACCUUGAACCUGAAUGGAGGAGAGACGGUCAUCAGGAUCCAGUCUAAUGGGGGCGUGCUUGUAAACUCCAUCUACACACAGUUACCCAUCUCUGCAGCUGACAUCACCAUAUUCCAGCCCACGACUUACUUCAUCUUGGUCCACGCCGCCUUCGGCCUGCUCUUGCAGAUACAGCUGGUGCCCUUCAUGCAGGUGUCUGUGCGGCUGGAUCCCUCCUUCCGCGGCCAGAUGUGUGGCCUCUGCGGAAACUUCAACCAGAACCAGGCAGAUGAUUUCACAGCCAUCAGUGGGGUGGUGGAAGGGACAGGAGCAGCCUUUGCCAACACCUGGAAGACCCAGGCCGACUGCGCCAAUGUCAAAAACAGCUUCGAGAACCCGUGCUCUCUCAGCAUAGAAAAUGAAAACUACGCUCAGCACUGGUGCUCCCUGCUCAUGGACCCUGGCGCCACCUUCUCCCAAUGCCAUGUGUUCGUGAACCCUGAGCCUUACUACAAGAAUUGCAUGUUCGACACGUGCAAUUGUGAGAAGAGUGAGGACUGUCUGUGUGCGGCGCUGUCCUCCUACGUGCAAGCCUGUGCUGCCCAGGGAGUGCUGCUGAGGGGCUGGAGGGCCGGGGUCUGCACCAAAUACAUGGACAGCUGCCCGAGCUCCCUGAGUUACAGCUACGUGGUGAAGUCAUGCCAGCCAACCUGCCGCUCCCUAAGUGAGACUGACGUCACCUGCAGCAUCCACUUCAGCCCCGUGGAUGGCUGUGUCUGCCCCGACGGCACCUACCUCAAUGACGCAGGCCAGUGUGUGCCUGCCACCCAGUGCCCCUGCUACUACAAGGGCACCAUGGUGGCGCUGGGAGAGACCGUGCAGGAGAACAGCGUAGUGUGUUCUUGCACCAGUGGGAAGCUGAGCUGCUUUGGAGCCCCGUUCUCUUCCUCCUCAGUCUGCACGGCUCCCAUGAUUUACUUGGACUGCAGCAACACCUCAGCGGGAGCCCCGGGGGCCCAGUGCCAGAAAAGCUGUGAUACCCUGGACGUGGCCUGUUACAACCCCCAGUGUGUGUCCGGCUGCAUCUGUCCCAGCGGUCUGGUGAAGGACGGAAACAUCUGUGUCAAGGAGGAGGACUGUCCUUGUGUUCACAAUGAGGCCUCCUACAAAUCAGGGGAAACCAUCCAAGUGGACUGUAACAAGUGCAUCUGCAAGAACCGGAGGUGGGAGUGCACCCAAGUCCCAUGCCUGGGCACGUGUGCAGUCUACGGAGACGGGCAUUUCAUCACCUUUGACAGCGAGCGCUACAGCUUUGAGGGGAAUUGCGAGUACACCCUGGCCCAGGACUACUGUGGAGGAGACACCACCACAAACGGGACCUUCCGUGUGAUCACGGAGAACAUCCCUUGUGGUACCACGGGCGUCACCUGCUCCAAAGCCAUCAAAGUGUUUCUCAAGGGAACUGAACUGAUAUUCAAUGAGGGCAUUGUGAAAAUGGUGGAGAGAGGGCCAGGCAAGGACGUCCCGUACAAGAUCCACUCCAGAGGCAUCUACAUGGUCCUGGAGACCCAAGCGGGGAUGGUUCUGAUGUGGGACCGGAAAACCAGCAUCUUCAUUAAGUUAGACCAGCACUAUAAGGGGAAGGUCUGCGGUCUCUGCGGGAAUUAUGACGGUAACAGCAUGAACGACUUCACCACCAGGAGCCUCUCGGUGGUGGGCGAUGUGCAGGAAUUCGGGAACAGCUGGAAGAGCUCCCCCUCCUGCCCGGACGCCGUCCCCACCAGGGACCCCUGCACUGCCAACCCUUACCGCAAGGCCUGGGCCCAGAAGCAGUGCAGCAUUAUCAAUAGCGCCGUCUUCGCCGCCUGUCGUUCCCAGGUGGACUCCACCAAAUACUACGAGGCCUGUGUGUUGGACGCUUGUGCCUGUGACUCUGGGGGAGACUGUGAGUGCUUCUGUACGGCGGUGGCAGCCUAUGCCCAAGCCUGCAAUGAUGUGGGCGUUUGCGUCUCCUGGAGAAAGCCAGACAUUUGUCCCAUGUUCUGUGACUUCUACAACCCCCACGGGGAGUGUGACUGGCACUACCAGCCAUGUGGAGCACCUUGUCUGAAGACCUGUCGCAACCCGAGUGGGAAAUGCUUGGUGAACUUACCUGGGUUAGAAGGCUGCUACCCAAACUGCCCAGCCGAGAAGCCUUUCUUCAGUGAAAGCCAGAUGAAGUGUGUUGCACAAUGUGGCUGCUACGAUGAGGACGGGAGGUAUCAUGAAGUGGGAGACAAAGUCCUGAGCCAAGCCAACUGCCAGAGCUGUAACUGUACCACAAGCGGCAUACAGUGUACCCCAGACCAAAAUGAGUGCACUUGCUUGUAUGAGGGUCACACGUACCAUAUCCACGAGGUUAUCUACAACACCACGGAUGGCCUGGGAGCCUGUCUUAUUGCCAUCUGCGGAGACAAUGGGGAGAUCAAACGCAUGUCCAAAGAAUGCCCCGUGAUGCACUCCACCACUGCACCAUUCACCUUCACUACCAGCAGGAUGCCAGAGUCCACAGCAGGGCCCGCCACCACUAUCUCGGCCACUUCCACAGUGUGUGUGCAAGAAGAUUGCACGUGGUCUAACUGGUAUGACAGCAGCACGCCAGGCUCAGGGCUCGACAGUGGAGACUUUGAGACAUUUGAGGACCUACGGCUAAGCGGAUACCAAAUCUGCUCCACAGCCCGUGAUGUGGAGUGUAGGGCCCGGGCAUUUCCUGGCAUCUCACUAGGAGAAGUGGGACAGAAGGUGGAGUGCAGCCUGUCCCAUGGGCUACUGUGCUAUAAUGCAGAGCAGAGCCCACCUUUGUGCCAUGAUUAUGAGAUCCGAGUGCUGUGCUGCAGCUACGUGCCUUGUGGUGGGUCUACGGCCGUGAGGACCAGUCCACCCACCACAAGAUCCAUGGCCACGGCUAGAGCUUCCACAAUGCCCCCCCAAACAUUAUCCACCUUGACUUCACAGAUGUGGUCCACACCCACCAGGGCCAGUACUCCCAACGUGACUUGCCAGCCCCGAUGCCAGUGGACAGAGUGGUUUGAUACAGAUUACCCCACAUCAGAAAAAAUUGAUGGAGACAUUGAGACAUAUGACAAGAUCAGGAAGACGGGAAAGGACUUUUGUCAGGAACCUCAGGGCAUUGAAUGCCAGGCAGAGAACUACCCUGACAUGACUAUUGAGCAGGUAGGACAGGUUGUCCAUUGUGAUGUUCACUUUGGCUUCAUCUGCAGAAAUGAGGAACAAAAAGGUUUGUUCAAAAUGUGUAUUAACUACAAGAUCAAGGUCCUGUGCUGUGAUGACAGCCAUUGCCAUGGAAAGACCUCAGUCAUACCACCAGCAACAACGCUGCAAUUGACCACCAGCCUGGAGACUGGCACCACAGUACAGACAUCCCUCACCACCACAAGCCUGGUGACAGAGAGCAGCCCAGCCAGCACUGCAACCCAAGAUCGCAGGGAUGACGACCCAAACAAGCUCCCCCUUCACAUGGACCUCCAAGACAAUAGAACCAACACAGACUACAUCAACAUCACAGAGCACAAUUUCAAACUUUAUCAUGUCCACAUCAACACUAGCAACAUCUACAAAGGAGGCCAUUUCAACUACCCAAAGUGUUUCUGUGACAGUCAACAACAUAACCCACACUUCCUCAGGAUCUCUGGGCACAACUUGGAAGUUUACUAG